CGGUCGGAGCUGAGCUCGAGUCGCUCUCAAGAUUCAGCGGUAAAGACCCAAACCGAACAGGAAGGUUGCAGUGUCCGCGAAAACGUACCAAGAAUAUCAGAUCUGACGGAGCAGAAUUUGUGUUUUUCGAAGUUAAAAAAUAGUAACUGAUUUGUCAGCUGUGAAACCAAAGUGAAAAUGAUUAACGAACCAGGAAUGCCAUUAGCACUCGCGUGGACCGCAGCGGGAAUGAGUAACCUGACCGUUGUGGAUAAAGUCCCACCAGAAAUGCUCCACAUGGUGGACGCUCAUUGGUACCAGUUCCCUCCGAUGAACCCGCUAUGGCACUCGAUUCUUGGAUUUGCGAUUUUCGUCCUGAUGUGCAUCUCGCUGGCUGGUAAUGGAUGUGUCGUAUACAUCUUUGUGAGCACCAAAGCACUUCGAACACCUUCGAACAUGUUCAUAAUCAAUCUCGCUUUCUCCGAUUUUCUAAUGAUGUUUACGAUGGGUCCACCAAUGGUGAUCAACUGCUACAAUGAAACCUGGGUCUGGGGACCUUUAAUGUGCGAGAUCUACGGUAUGUUCGGUUCACUGUUUGGGUGCGUGUCAAUUUGGAGCAUGACAAUGAUCGCAUUCGACCGGUACAACGUGAUCGUAAAAGGUCUUUCAGCGAAACCGAUGACCUUCAAUGGAUCUCUUCUGAAAAUACUGUUCGUUUGGAUCAACUCUCUCUUCUGGACGCUAGCUCCAAUGUUCGGAUGGAAUCGAUACGUUCCCGAGGGCAACAUGACUGCUUGCGGAACGGAUUACCUGAACCAUGAUGUCCUAAGCAUGUCGUACAUUGUUGUGUACUCAUUCUUCGUCUAUUGGCUACCACUGUUCAUGAUCAUCUACUCAUACACCUUUAUUCUGAAGGCGGUAACUGCACACGAAAAGAACAUGCGCGAACAGGCCAAGAAAAUGAACGUUGCUUCCCUGCGAUCCUCGGAUGCCGCGAAGCAGAGCGCUGAAAUUAAAUUGGCCAAGGUUGCGUUGAUGACCAUCUCACUGUGGUUUAUGGCCUGGACUCCGUACUUGGUCAUCAAUUAUGCUGGAAUCUUUGAAACCGCUAACAUCAGCCCACUCGCUACCAUCUGGGGAUCUUUGUUCGCUAAAGCUAACGCCGUCUACAACCCUAUUGUGUAUGGUAUAAGCCAUCCUAAGUACCGUGCUGCACUACACGAGACCUUCCCAUCAUUGACCUGCUCCCCGAAACCAGAGCCCCACGACAAUCAGUCAACGGCCUCUGGAGCAACCACUGCAUCAGAUUCAACGAACAAUGCUUGAGUUAUUCACUGAAUCCUUGGAGCAAUCUUAGAAACAAAUACUUCCGAGAUGAUUUACUGAAGAUGUGCAUAACAUUGUACCAUGCUAAUUAUUUAACACACACACACACAACACGAUCCGAGGCAAAGCUUCGGAAUGGUCCCUGAACGUAGUGUAGCAGUCUACAUUUGUCAGUCUCGAUGACCAGAGUAGCGUGGUCCUUGAGCUCAUGAAUGUUUAGACAACGAACUAAGACUUGAGCAAAUAUUGAUACGAAAGAACGAAAUAAACCAUUUUCUUGUCAGCAAUAGA